AUGUGUUGUGAAGGUGGUCCGUUCCCACAAGUGUCGUUACUCCUGCCGUAUGCUGACGAGAUCAAGCAAGUCGUUGCAGUAUGUAUGGGAUGCGGUUCUGAUGCGAGCUACUCGUUCCGAAACACUCUCGACAAGAAGGUGGAAGUGAUUGGUGGCCAGGACACAUAUCGGGCGUUGUGUCGGUCUUGCUAUAUCGAUGAAUCUUGUCGACGUGAAGAAAUAACGACGGAAAUGGCAAUUAACGAGAAUCGAGCGAUUGCCAGCCAUACAUGCAGAGAAGGCGAUACAUCGCCGUCUGAAAUACCUCGUAAGGUGUUCAGGCUUCAAUACCAUUCCGAUACAUAA